AUGUUACAUAUUCCAGUUACGACACAUACAAUUAGAACUGAAGCCAAACCAAUUAACGUGUCCAACAUUAUUAUUUCGCGUUGUUAUAUAGAUGAGAUUGUUGUUGACGAAAGUGCUUUACUGAAUAAUCCAGAAUUCCAAGGCAAAAAAGUAACGAUUACAGAGGCUGAUAAUAGGAAAAUGGAUAUUGGUUACAUCACUGGAUUUAAUGUCAUGGAUGUAAAUAUUACACCAUUGGCUGGCAAAAUAGGAUCUUCUUUACCAAUUUUAAGUAAAGAAAUUCCGGAGGUACAAAAAGAAACUGAUAACACCAAUGUAGAAACAAAAAAAUCUAUCAAAGAACCCAUGUUGGAAAUUUCCAGGAAUAUUACGGACCUGCGAACGAAUAUAGAGAAAUUACUCAAGAGAAAUCAACAGAUAAAUGAACCUGACAUUAAAAACUUAUUUCAUGGUACGCAGGAAAACAAUAUGCAUUUUAAAGACUUUUACCUUGAGGUUUUGGUAAAUGAACGACCUUUACCAGAAUAUAAUCUUCCGGUUGAUGAAUCAAAUUUGAAUAAUACAUGUGUUUCUUAUGUUACGGAUCCAUCAACACAAAAAGAACAAUACAACAAUUUUACAACAUAUAUUCCAGUUACGAACCCGGGAGAACACUAUACAAUUAGAAUGGAAACCACACCAACUGACCCGUCCGAAAUUAUAAUUUCACGUUUAUAUAUUGAUGGACAAUUUGAUCAAGUCCAUCAUCUUCACCAACAACAAAGCUCAAGAUUAAGAUCGUACUUCGUUAAUUAUGAAAGAAAUAAAGCUUAUUUCUUUAAAUUCGCCAGCACAUCUGAAUUUGAUAAAAAAGAUGAUGGUGUAUUCAAAGUCCCUUUUCCAGUUAAUAAACAACCAAAUAAGCAAAACCAUAAUCAAAAAUUAUAUGGGAAACCCGGAACUAUUACAGUUUGUUUUUUCAAAGGGAUUAUUGUUGACGAAAGUGCUUUACUAAAUAAACCAGAAUUCGAAGUCAAACCAGUAAAGAUUACAGAGGCUGAGAAUAAGAAUAUGGAUAUUGGUUACAUCACUGGGUUUGAUGUCAUGGAUGCAAAAAUUCCACCGUCCACUGUGACAAGAAUUGUUGAUUGGAACCCCAUAGCCGUGUUACAUCUUAACUAUCGUUCUGCAGAUUGGCUGGCAAAGUCAGGAUUCUCUUUACCAAAUUUAAGUACAGACCAAGAAAUAAAGGAAGAAGUUGGUAAUAAUAAUGUUGUUAUGGAACAAACGAAAGAAAUUCCAGAGGUACAAAAAGAAAUCAUGGAAGUUGAUAAAACCAAUUUAGAAACAAAAAAAUCCUAUCAAGCUCCAAAGGUAUCAAAAGAAGUCGAAAAAACAAAUGUUGAAAAAAAGAAGACAAAUAAAGUCUACGGACUUCCAAUGUCAUUUCGAAAAAUCAUGGAAUACGAUUUCAAAACUUUGGAAAAAACCAAAAAAAUUGACGAAAUUCAAAAGCCAAUAAAAAAAGUUAAACGAACGAAAGAUAUUGACGAAACUGCGAACGAAUCUCAAGAACCCAUGAAUAUUACUCAAGAAUUUAUGGAAGUUGAAAGUGAGAAAUCGACAGGUAAUGAAACCAAUGUUUUGCAACAGAAUUAUAACUUGAAAAGAAAUCAUGAUGAAAUGAGUAAAAAUGAAUUUGAAGAAAAGUAA